UUUUUCUUCCCGUGACAGCCCGGUGCUUUGCAGGUGAUUAGCACAGGGAAGCUCCUCCUUAUCCUGCGACAGUAGAGACAAACCUGGACACAACUUCUUAUCAGUUUAAGGACGUAAAUUAAAUUAUGGACACGUCAAAGCUUCCUAAGAUCCAGGAUGAGGAGAGAGAAAGCCAGUUUGGAUAUGUUCAUGGAGUCUCAGGACCAGUGGUGACGGCCACUGCCAUGGCUGGAGCUGCCAUGUACGAGCUGGUUCGUGUCGGCCACAGCGAGCUGGUUGGAGAAAUCAUUCGUUUAGAGGGCGACAUGGCGACCAUCCAGGUGUAUGAAGAGACGUCUGGUGUGUCUGUCGGUGACCCUGUCCUCCGAACGGGGAAACCCCUUUCUGUGGAGCUGGGGCCGGGAAUCAUGGGCUCCAUCUUUGAUGGUAUCCAACGUCCACUAAAAGACAUUAAUGAUCUCACUCAAAGCAUCUACAUCCCACGAGGAGUAAAUAUCGGCGCUCUUAACAGAGACAUCAAAUGGGAGUUUUCUCCCGGCCAGAGCCUUCGGGUUGGCAGUCACAUCACAGGCGGAGAUAUUUACGGGACUGUGUUUGAAAACUCCUUAAUUAAGCACAAACUCCUGCUUCCACCUCGAAACAGAGGCACUGUCACCUACCUGGCUCCACCUGGGAACUACGACCUUUCUGAUGUUGUUUUGGAGCUUGAAUUCGAAGGAGUAAAGGAGAAGUUUACCAUGGUCCAGGUGUGGCCAGUACGACAAAUUCGGCCAGUAACAGAGAAACUACCUGCCAAUCAUCCACUGCUGACUGGCCAGAGAGUUCUUGAUGCACUUUUCCCAUGUGUACAAGGUGGCACAACUGCUAUACCUGGAGCCUUUGGGUGCGGAAAGACCGUGAUCUCGCAGUCGCUGUCAAAGUACUCCAACAGCGACGUCAUCAUCUAUGUGGGCUGUGGAGAACGUGGCAAUGAGAUGUCUGAAGUGCUGCGGGAUUUCCCAGAGCUUACAAUGGAAGUUGAUGGCAAAGUUGAGAGCAUCAUGAAGAGAACAGCACUGGUUGCAAACACGUCCAACAUGCCUGUGGCCGCUCGAGAGGCUUCCAUCUAUACAGGAAUCACACUGUCUGAGUACUUCAGAGAUAUGGGCUACAAUGUGAGCAUGAUGGCCGACUCAACGUCCCGAUGGGCCGAGGCGCUGAGAGAAAUUUCCGGAAGACUGGCUGAAAUGCCUGCAGACAGCGGUUAUCCUGCCUAUCUGGGCGCCAGGCUGGCUUCCUUCUACGAGCGUGCUGGACGUGUGAAGUGCCUGGGAAAUCCAGAGAGAGAAGGCAGCGUCAGCAUCGUUGGAGCUGUGUCGCCCCCUGGUGGAGACUUCUCAGAUCCAGUCACUUCAGCCACAUUGGGAAUAGUUCAGGUCUUCUGGGGUUUGGACAAGAAGCUGGCUCAGAGAAAGCACUUCCCUUCAGUAAACUGGCUAAUCAGCUACAGCAAGUACACGCGAGCGCUGGAUGAGUAUUAUGACAAACACUUUCCAGAGUUUGUCCCUCUUCGUACAAAAGCAAAGGAGAUUCUGCAGGAGGAGGAGGACUUGGCUGAAAUUGUGCAGCUUGUAGGCAAGGCUUCUCUCGCUGAGUCUGAUAAAAUCACUCUGGAAGUAGCUAAACUCAUAAAGGAUGACUUCCUGCAGCAGAAUGGCUACACCCCCUAUGACAGGUUCUGCCCCUUUUACAAAACCGUUGGCAUCCUCUCAAACAUGAUUGCAUUCUACGACAUGGCCCGACACGCAGUGGAGUCCACGGCUCAGAGCGACAACAAGAUCACCUGGGCCAUGAUCCGAGAGCAUAUGGGAGAGAUCCUAUACAGGGUCAGCUCCAUGAAGUUCAAGGACCCUGUUAAAGAUGGAGAAGCUAAGAUCAAGGCAGAAUAUGCCCAGCUGCUGGAGGACAUGCAGAAUGCCUUCCGGACCCUCGAGGAAUGAGCCUCCAGUUUCUUGUCUCUACACCAAAGUAGCCGAAACAUAUAGUCCAGAAUCGUUGGCCCAUAUUGUGUUUGUCCUCCACAUUUGUGUGAACAUUCUCUCUGUGUUUACAUCACGUCAAACAUUCCAGGACUAUCAUACAUUUUCAUGUCUUUUGGAUUUUAUUUGAUUUAAAACCUGCUGCUGGAACAUUUGCUGUGUUCUGUAAAGACUUUCAUUCCUGGUUUUGGCCAAAGGUUUCAACCUCUGGGCUUUGAUCAGCAGUUGCACUUGUAUCAGAGUGAAAAUGAAGAUGUCUUCUUUUUUCUUGAAAUUAUUUUUAAAAACUCAGUUUUAAACCAUGCAGAUGGAUAAAGGGACAGAGUAUUCAGGGUGCAGUCAGUGGGGUUUAAUCUUUUUUGUCUCCUACCUCUUGAGGGUGAUUGUGAUGUGGACUCUACACUUGAUACAAUAUGUAAAAAUGUAUAAUGAAAUAAUCUUUGAGUUUGUGUUUCAACAAAUGUCUGUUGGUGGUGCUUUAAAAUAAAUACAAAAAAAAAUACCUCAA